AUGGGGAAUCAACCACAGUCUAAGAUCAUCGAGGAUAACCCUAUUGGGAAUGGCAUUGAUGCCUUUCGCGGUUCUUUCAGUUCGAUAUGCGAAAGGGCGCAUCUCUCCUGCAUUCCAGAUGCCCUAGACCAGCUUGAACAUGAAGAUGUGCAGGAUCUCGCGUCCAGUCUUCUAUCAGCGAUUCAAAUUCUUCCUGCCACCCGCCUCUUGCCUUCGAAGACAGGUCGUGGCACCCUCCGAAGCGAUCUCCUAAGACUUGUUUCUACUGCCGCCUCUGCCGACUUUGACUUCGAUCGCGUCAAACCUCUCCUGAAAUCAGCCCUCGUCGAUGAACCAGACGAUGCCCUAAUCUGGGAUGAACUCUACAACGCUGUCACCGAAUCCACCCCGCCUCCCCGACAGGUAGCUUCUUCCAUCCAACAGACUCCAUGGCUGCGCAAUACCAGCAGCUUCGCGAACUCGUCCGAGCAUCGCAAAUAUGUGGACGAUGUGCUGAAGGAGGAGCUUGGCCCUAUGUAUGUCGGGCUCCGCAAUUUUCACAGCACAUACUUUGGGGGCGUGGCCGACCUUCAGACAGCGGCCCAGGCGUUCUUCGAGCAAUGCCUCGAAGGUAGUGAUCCACUCUUUGAAGACGGUUGGAAGGGAUGGCCUAAAGAUGCGAACCAGGAUGAUGUGCUGAGCUGGUUUGCUGACUUCAGCGAGAAACUGACGACAUUUGCAGACGGCCAAAAGUCCAUUUCGACGCAUCAACAUCGACGAAGGCCAUUGGCAAAGCCUAACGAACCCAUUGACGGCUCUGUGGGGAAGCGAAAAAUAGACGUUGGGUUUGUGAAUGAUCCUCAAGCUGGGAAGGACUCAAGGUGCCACUGGUCCCAGAUCCUUGUGCCAGGAGAGCUCAAGAGCAACCCUUCGGCCGAUAAAGCUUCAGAGGCCUGGCUUGAUCUUGGGAGGUACGCGAGGGAAGUGCUCGCUGCGCAGGACACCCGCCGCUUCGUCUUGGGCUUCACUAUCUGUGGAUCUCUCAUGAGAGUUUGGGUGUUUGAUCGACUCGGGGGGAUCGCAUCCGAACAGUUCAACAUCAAUGACGAUGGGCUCCAGUUUGUGUUCACAAUUCUUGGCUUUCUUUGGAUGAACGAGGAGGAACUUGGAUUUGAUCCGACAAUCAAGUCGGAAAACCAGGAGCGAUUCAUCGAGAUCAACCGGAACGGUUCGACUGAGCGAAUUAUCAUCGACCAGGUGAUGCAGCGCGCCCGCUGCAUAGCUGGUCGAGCAACGACAUGUUGGAAAGCUCACCCCGAAAGGCAGCCAAAGAUGCUGCUUGUGAUUAAGGAUUCAUGGCAAUACCCAGAGCGCGAUGAGGAAGGCGACCUGUUACGUGAAGCGACUAAUAAGGGAGUCAUUAAUGUGGCUCGAUAUUAUCACCAUGAGGUAGUCCAGAUACGUGGAAUGGAUGACGAUAUUCAAAACAAUACUCGGCGUGGUCUGGAUAUCAGGACAGCUGCGAACUAUCGCCUGCCGCGCCCUAUGCCGCGGAAUAACAUUGCAUCUGGCGUAUCAAGGGAAGGGCGCACCAGCACCAGCACCAACAGGAAGCGAUCAUCUAGUCAAACUGGCGCCGAUCUUCCUUCUAGCAAGCGAUCCUGUUCCGCGUCUUCAACAAAAGCCCCUGGUACACCACAAAAUCGGGUACACCGGCGUGUCAUUAUCCGAGAUUAUGGGAUUCCCAUUUACAAAGCGAGCUCUCGAUCGGCUCUGCUUGCUGCGUUCGAGCGCUGCAUCGAGGGACAUGAGUCUCUGCACAAAACAGGUCAUCUCCACCGUGACAUUUCGAUCAACAAUCUCAUGGUGAAUGAAGACGAUGAUAACCCCUCAUGGCCUUCUUUUUUGAUCGACCUUGACCUGGCUGUAAAAAAGUCACGGGAAGCUGCGUCAGGAGCAAAGGGGAAAACCGGAACACGCGCUUUCAUGGCAAUCGGGGCGCUACUAGGCGAGCAGCAUUCUUUCAUGCACGAUCUCGAGUCAUUUUUCUGGGUCUUGUUCUGGAUAUGCAUUCACUACGACGGGCCAGGCCGUAGUAGAGCUGUUCCACGGUUUGAGAAGUGGAAUUAUGUCCAAGACACAGAGGAGUUAGCGGGAAUGAAACUAGGCGUUGUGGCGAAGGAGGCGAUCUUCAUGAAGACAAUAUCCGAUAAUUUCACACCGUACUACAAGCCCUUUAUCUCAUUAUUGAAUAGCCUACGAAAAAUUGUUUUUCCUCAGGAUAAGCCGUGGGAACGGGAAGAUGAGAAUCUCUACUCUCGAAUAAGAGACAUUCUCCGGAAAGAUUGGCAAGUUUAG